AUGCAAUUACAAGUCCUUUUACAAUUAGCUUUAGCUACAUUAGCUUUAGGUCAACAAAACACAGAAUUAGUUCAAGGUGUUUUCAGUGAUGUUCAAGCACAUUCUGCUGAAUAUUUAUCAUAUAUUGGUGGUGGUGCAGGUGGUAAUGGUGUUCCAUUAGGUUUAUUAUCACUUUAUCGUGAAGCUCAAACUUAUACUGAUCAAGGUUAUACUUCAUUAUUUACAGAAGUUGAUGUUAAUGAAGUUUCAAGUUUUGCAACUGGAUUACCUUGGUAUAGUUCAAGAUUACAAAGUGUUUUCCAAGCUGCAGAAACUGGUGAAUCAUCAGGUUCAGGUUCAGAAUCAGGUUCAGAAUCAGGUUCUCAAUCAUCUUCUGGUUCUGUUGUAAGUGGUUCAAGUGCCUCAUCAAUUGUUUCUUCAAUCACUGAAUCUGCUAAUUCUGCUUCAAGUGGUGGUGCUGGUGGUGCUGGUGGUGGUUCAGGCUCUCAAUCAGGAUCACAAUCUGGUGGUUCAGGAUCACAAUCAGGAUCCCAAUCAGGUUCUUCAUCUGAAGGUUCAGGCUCAUCAGGCUCAUCAGGAUCAGGAUCUUCAUCUGGUGGUAGUUCAGGUAGUUCUUCAGGAGGUUCAGGUGGUUCAUCAUCAGGAGGAUCCGGUGGAUCAGGUUCAUCAUCUUCAGGAGGUUCAGGAGAUAGUUCAAAUGGUGCUUUUGCAGUUAGAGAACAAAGUGGACAAUUGGCUUAUAUGGUUAUUCCAUUUGUUAUGUUGAUGGCUGCUCCAGCUUUAUUAUAA